AUGAGUGUCCUUAAGUGCAUCCAAGCUAGAAGAACAAUUAGACACUAUGUUCAGGGCGAAGAAGUUCCAAAGGCAGAUAUUGAUCUCAUCGCAAACAGUGGCUUAACUGCUCCAUCUUCUAUGGAUAUCCAAGGUGUCGACAUCUACGUCGUCAGAGGCCAAGAAAAGCUUGCCAAGAUUGAAGAAGCUACACUCAAGGCCCUUCCAGAAUACGCCACAAAGUACUUCGUUAAUCGUCAUGAACAGCUUCAUGUUAAGAACGUUAUCACCUGCGAUGCUCCAGUUCUUUUCGUCUUAGUUAAGAAUGAGAGAGCUCACAAAGAUUACUAUCAUAUCGAUUGCGGUCUCAUCGUCGAAUCAAUGAUUUUGCUUGCCCAAGAUAUGGGAUACAGCACAAUGUGCAUCGGUGCUAUCGGUAUGGCUGAUCUUUCUGAAGUUCUUGGUAUUCCAAAGGAUGCUGCUAUUAUGGGUCUUGCCAUGGGUAAAGCUGCCCCAGAACAGGAUCUUCAUAAAAGGCCAAUCAAGUCUAAGGUAGUUUAUGCCGACUAA